UGCGCGUGCCCGAUAAUACUAGUUGACAUUGCAAAGGAAACGAGGAUUUCCUUUCUCCUUCCCUUCGGCUGAACCAAUCGGUGACAGCACCGAAUCCCCGCAUAGGGCCUUUUGCUCCUCUUCUCGUCUCAAUUCUCAUCUUCGUCUGAAGAAGGGCAGCAGGGGGCGAUGGGCUUCUGGUCGACAACCCUCAUCUUCUUCCUCGCCGGCGUGGUUGCCUCCCUCUCCCUCAGGCUUUGCUGCAACCGCGGACCCUCCACCAAUCUGUUCCAUUUGACGCUGAUUAUCACAGCUACUGUUUGUUGUUGGAUGAUGUGGGCAAUUGUAUAUCUGGCACAGAUGAAUCCGUUAAUUGUUCCGGUGCUCAAUGGAGAGUAAGAUGCUCACUUUAGAGCAGUAUUUGAAGGAGUUUUGUCAAAAGAAUAGGAAAUGAUAAUUUUUACUGUUGGAUUUGUGUUUAUUCAUCUCUUCCUGAUUUGCUGUUAUCCAAAACAAUAUACUAAACUGGGAUUAGGGAGGGCCUCUUCUGCUAUGCAGUUACCUGGAACUAUAUGAUGUACUCUCGGAAAAGAAAGUCCUGUUUCUUCCCCCUUUUUUGUUGUCCUUUAAGAAAUUUAGAGUUUAGAAUUUUGUUAGCCUUUCCAAUUGGAAAAUGUACACAAAGAAUAAUCAAAUGCUUUAUAUUUUAUUUGUGAUUUAAUAUUUUUAUGUGAUGUAAAAUGCACUGUCCAGAUUUAUUGGCAAUUCCAGAAAUGCGAGGAAAGAAACCAGAGUUUGAGGCUUUGA